AUGGAGGUUCUCCGGCUGGUUCUGAGUGUCCUGUCCGUGUUUGUUGCUCUGAUCUCGGACAGGUUUGUGUCUUCCUUCUCUCAGGCUGUGGACAGCGACUACACGUUCACUCUGCCAGCAGGUCGCAAGGAAUGUUUCUACCAGACUAUGAUGAGGAAUGCCUCCAUGGAGAUUGAAUACCAGGUACUAGACGGUGCAGGUCUCGAUGUAGAUUUCCACAUCACCUCUCCUUCCGGCCACCAGCUGUUCAGUGACUACCACAAGUCAGAUGGAGUGCACACUGUUGAGAUUGUCGAGAACGGAGACUACAUGUUCUGCUUCGACAACACGUUCAGUACCGUCUCCGAGAAGCUCGUCUUCUUCGAGCUGAUCCUGGACAACAUGGAGAGGGAGGAAGAGGACUGGCAUAACUAUAUCGAAGGAACAGACAAGCUGGACAUGAAGCUGGAAGACAUCAUGGACACCAUCAACAACGUGAAGGCUCGUCUGGGCAAAAGUGUGCACAUCCAGAACCUGCUGCGGGCGUUCGAGGCUCGCGAUAGAAACAUCCAGGAGAGUAACUUUGACACGGUGAACUUUUGGUCGGUCUUUAAUGUCAUUAUUAUGAUGUUGGUAUCGUCGGUUCAGGUCUACCUGGUCCGCUCACUGUUUGAAGACAAAAGGAAAAUUCGUACAUAACACCACCCCAAACGGAGGGACACCGAGAGAAAGAAACUUAACGCACUAGCCCUCAGAUACCUUUGAGAUUUUUUUUUUCAGCAGAUCUACUGGCUUGUGACUUUUAACACAAUCUAUACACAUACAUAUGCACGCACACCUACACAAAGACAGACAUUUUGACAUUCUUAAUAACAAAGUCACCUCUGUUGUUGUGCUGGUUCUCAGUCCUCUGGAGUUUGGGGGACAGUGUGAGUGCCUGGUUUGGAACAGCAACUUCUAACUAUCUGCCCCUCUCUUUGCUACAGACAAAAAAUCUCUUUGUUUCUCUUUAAAACUUGCAUUGUUUUGUAGUCCUCCCUAGCGGCUGUAAUUCUUCACAGAAAGUAACAUAACAAGCACAUUUAUGAUGUCAUUAUUUUUCUAACAGAGCCUAAAGUUACCAGGCCAGUGGCAAAAAUAUGUCCUCUUUUCUUUGGACAUGUUUUUAUUUAAGAUAAACUAGAUGAAGAAAUGAUGUGGUAGCUGAAGAUUUAGAUUUAUUUCUGACAAAUAAAGAGUGGGGAAUCAGCAAGUCUUCCCUGUACAGUAGUUACUCUCAAAAAUGUACCAUAGUGGUUUGUAUUUCGCUGCCAGCCAUGAACAUUUAUGUUGUCACACUUUCACUGUCAUGCCAAUACUGGAAUAGGAGAAAAGCAAACAGACCAUCUCUUAAUGACUACUGCCCUGCUCUCCUACGGGCUUAUGGGCUCCCCUCCUCUGUGAAGCCUCUCUGCUGCUGUUGACUGGUGUCUGCUUACAGACACCCACAGUGUGAAGAUGUCGGGCCCGCCUGUCUCGCUGGUGACUAAGAGUAUUUCUAUCUUCCUGACACCUGGAAGGUCAUUACCACUACUACAUGGGUGCACUGCUCAGUUUAAUAUGCACGAGCCAUUCACUGCCUUGUCAGCAUUCUUUUUAAAUGCUUGUUUGAUAUUCAUGUUUUUUUUUUUAAGCCAUUAUUACAAACUAACAUCUGAUCAUUGCACUGCCUCUGAUGCCACGGAACAACAUGUUUUUUGUCUUCAUAUUCUUAACAUGAUGGGCCCCAAAGUGAUUUCUUUUUUUUAGGUUAAUCGGGGUCCACCAGAAACGGGUCCACAACUUGUUAUAAUGUGUGAGCGAUGGAGGAUUUUUUUUAUCUCAUUGGUUGUUUAUACAGCAUUAAGACACUAGAGUGGCUUGUGAUUAUGGUUGCUGAGAGGAUUUCUAUUUUUAUUGUUUUCGUUACUGAGGAGAAACUUGGUUACUCACUACCCAGCUGGGAGCUUCAUGUUGCCAUCUUCUGAGUUUGCUGUAAGAUAAAGAUCACACAGUGAGUUCAUGCCUUCAUAAUUUAACAGCCUUAUGUUGCAAGUGCUGUAAAACCAAACUUUGAGCAGUUUUGAAAUGAUUUUUUUGACAAUAAAUGUACACAUCGUGGGUCCCUGAAAUAACAUAGAGGAUGCCUAUGGCUGCCUCAGUUUAAGUGCUUACUACCAUCAUGUAUUCUCUGGUCUCACUGUGGCAUCAAGUGUUUAAUUAAAGUAUUGUAUGUUGAAAUUC